AAGCAAGAGCCAAACACGCCCUAACGUUUGACUUUGUUGUUCGGUUGAGAGAGAGACAGAGAGAGAGAGAGAGAGGAGAGAGAAGGAGGAGAAAGGUGAGUGGUGGUCGUUAAUGGCAACCCUCUCCUCCAUCCUCUCGUUCUCUCCUCUUCCUCUCCCCUCUUCACGCAUUCGUCGUUCUUCUUCCUUACCCUCCCUUGCUUUCUCUCCCCUCCAACCUUCUAAAAACCCUAGAAAAAUUCGAACCCUAAGAACCGUAGUUCGUGCUUGUUCAGCAUCUUCUUUCGAUGAUCUCUACUCCAAAACUGAAAUUCCACGCUCAAAGAAAUCAGUUCUCUUGAAUCUGGUACAAGAGAUAGAGCCUAUGGAUGUGAGCCUUAUUCAGAAAGAUGUUCCACUCACUACUGUGGAUGCUAUGAAGAGGACUAUUUCUGGCAUGUUGGGUUUACUUCCCUCUAACCAGUUUCAAGUUUUAAUUGAAGCUGUAUGGGAACCUCUCUCCAAGUUAUUGGUUUCUUCAAUGAUGACUGGGUAUACAUUACGGAAUGCUGAAUAUAGACUUUGCCUUGAAAGGAACCUUGAUAUAGAUGAAGGAAGUAUUGAAAUAAUAAAAACAGAAGAUUCCAAAUUUGAAGCACCAAGGAUGUUGCUUGACUAUGAGAGAAGGGUCAACUUGGCUAGAAAAGAUGAGAUGCCCAAAUCAGAAAAAAUAAGUGAUAAGGCAUCUGAGAGUAUUGGUGUUGAAGGCCUUGGGAAAAUCACUCCUGAAGCUCAACAAUACAUUUUAAAUUUGCAUUCUCGUUUGUCUUCUGUAAAAAAGGAGCUGCAUGAAGUCAAGAGGAAAACUGCAGCUCUUCAAAUGCAACAGUUUGUUGGAGAGGAAAAGAAUGAUUUGCUGGAUUACUUGAGAUCGCUUCAACCGGAGAAGGUUAGCCAUACAUCUAUAGAACACUCCAGCUGGUUUGUGUUGGUGGCUGAGUUAUCAGAGCCAACAUGCACUGAGCUGAAGGAAGUGAUCCACUCUGUCAUACAUGGUCUACUUGCAACCCUUUCUCCAAAAAUGCAUUCCAAGGCACCUCUAUCAGAGAACACCUCAACUGGGAUUGUAAAUGUUGGAAUUGAAGAAGAUUGCAUUGAUCUUGUGGAGAAUGCUUCACUUCAAUACCAGCCUCUGAUUUCAUUAACUCGGGACUAUCUAGCUCGUCUUCUAUUCUGGUGUAUGCUGUUGGGACACUACCUCAGAGGCCUCGAGUAUCGCCUGGAGCUUAUGGAACUUCUCUCUCUGCCAAGCAAUGUAGAAAAUUGAUGGCAAUGAUAUUGGAGAGCAAGUUGCUUGAUAGCCUGUCUACUUUUACUUGUUUCCUCCUGUAUAUGCCUUUGUUGUAGUAGUGUAAUAGUAUGCUUUACAAUGGAAGAAGCCCUAGUGAAGGGAUGUGAGAUUGUAGGCGAUCGUCUUCUUUUGCUGGUUGAAUGUUCAUUCUCUAGACCUAGAAAGUGUGCAAUUGCUAUUCUGUCAUUGUUAAUACAAUGAAAGCAAAAUAAAGAAAGAAAGAUAUUUUUGUUUCUCAUAAA